AUGACUGAAACUCCUCUAGUGAAUAUUACCUCCUCAAACCAGAGUGAACAUCAGAGCAACUCAACUGUUUGCCCAGACUUGCAUGAGUGGUGGGACAUCGUGUACUAUGUAGGGCCCAAGUACAUCAACACCGUCUGCGUCAUUGGGAUGCUUGGAAAUAUGUUUGUUCUCUUCACCUAUUCACUGCACAAGGGCCCCCUGAAGAUAGCUGAAAUCUACCUGAUGAACCUUGCUGUUGCUGACCUUAUCUUCCUCAUGUGCCUCCCUUUCUGGGCAGAGAACAUGAGCAAUGAGUUCAACUGGCCCUUUGGCAGCUUCCUGUGCCGCAGCAUCAGCGCCUCCAUCACCCUGAACAUGUACACCAGCAUCUACCUGCUCGUGGCCGUCAGCGUGGAUCGCUACCUGACCUUCGUCCACACCUUGAACCACAGGGAGAUAUGGAGCAAAUCCAUGACCAAAGGGAUCUGCUUGCUCAUCUGGUUCUUUUGCAUCCUUCUCAGCAUCCCAGCUUUCAUGUUCCGGACGGUGAAAGACUAUCCCCAGUGGAAUAUUUCAGCCUGCACCUUGGACUUCCCCAGCCCGUCGUGGGAAUUGGCUGAAAACCUGGUGGGCAAUGUGGUGGGGUUUCUGCUGCCAUCCACAGCAAUCAUCUUCCUCAAUUUCUCCACCAUUAGGUCCCUACAAAAAACAGCAAAAGAGCGAAAAGCAAUCAGAGCAAAGGGUUGCAAGAGGCACAGAGGCACGAAGGCAACCAGGCUGAUCCUCACUGUGGUACUGAUGUUUCUUUUCUGCUGGACUCCUCACCAUUUUUUUGUAUUCCUUGAUAUAUUAUACCGUACAGAAGUGAUCAAAGGCUGCUUCUGGGGGGAACUGAUCAACUUUGGGGAGCAGUUUUCUUAUAUGCUGGCUAUCACCAACAGCUGCAUUAACCCUGUGAUUUAUGUCUUUGUUGGGAAAUACUUCAGGCAAAAGGCUUUAAAAGUUUUUUCACAGUUUAUUCCCUGUGGAUUUCCUUCGAGAUGGAUAUCUUUCAAAGAAAUGUCUUCAAAUUUCAACAUGUUUCCAAUCAAGAGUAGUUUAACAUAA